AAACUCAGAAAAUGAAUCUUUUCCAGUCUAUAACAAGUGCCUUGGAUAAUACCUUGUCCAGAGAUCCUACUGCAGUAAUAUUUGGUGAAGAUGUAGCCUUUGGUGGAGUCUUCAGGUGCACUGUUGGCUUGCGAGACAAAUAUGGUAAAGACAGAGUUUUCAAUACCCCUUUGUGUGAACAAGGAAUUGUUGGAUUCGGUAUUGGAGUUGCAGUUACUGGAGCUACAGCCAUUGCAGAAAUUCAGUUUGCAGACUACAUUUUUCCAGCAUUUGAUCAGAUUGUUAAUGAAGCGGCAAAAUAUCGGUAUCGCUCUGGAGAUCUUUUUAAUUGUGGAAGUCUCACAAUAAGAGCACCAUGGGGUUGCGUAGGUCAUGGUGGGCUGUAUCAUUCUCAAAGUCCAGAAGCUUUUUUUGCUCAUUGUCCAGGAAUAAAGGUUGUUAUUCCAAGAAGUCCUCUUCAGGCCAAAGGACUAUUACUAUCGUGCAUAGAAGAUAAAAACCCCUGCAUAUUCUUUGAACCUAAAAUACUUUACAGAGCAGCAGUGGAACAAGUUCCUGUGGAGCCAUACUACAUUCCAUUGUCUCAAGCUGAGGUACUGCAGGAGGGAAGUGAUGUUACACUGGUUGCCUGGGGGACUCAGGUGCACGUUAUCCGAGAGGUGGCAACCAUGGCUCAGGAAAAGCUAGGUGUGUCCUGCGAAGUAAUUGAUCUGAAGACCAUUUUACCUUGGGAUACAGAGGCUGUUUGCAAGAGUUGCCAGCAGAAGGGUCAUAGAUAAGCAAACAUAUUGGAGGUGUUUUUGAAAACAGAUUCUGCUUGGAUGGAGUGGAAGAGGCACCUAAAGAAAGUUCUCAAUAUCUGUAACCUUCACUCCCCCAUUCGUGGCACCUGGCCACUUGCCAGAAAGUAGCUGGUAAAGAGAUUGGUACUUCUGUA